AUGACCCAACAACUCCCGAGACAUAUAAGAUGCAAGAGAUUUUUAUCAAGCGUAUGUGAUACUACUGUAUGGAAACCAGAAAAUGACUCGAUACUGGAGCAACUUGUGGCAGUUCAUGGAAAAUCACCAAAGACAUUCGAUAAAAUAGCAGAAGGUAUUCCAGAAAGUACUUCUGCAAUGUGUCUACAGAGAUGGAGAUACCUGCAUCCUGAAGAUAGCGUUUUAGAGAUCAAAGGUUACCCUCCAAAAGACAGUGAAGGGCUGGCUAGAUUGACGAAUAAAUACUGGACUGACGAGGAAGAUAAAAUUUUAAUAGAAGCGGCACGGAAACGAGGUCGAGAUUGGAGACAAAUUUCAGAGGAGCAUAUUCCUCAUAGAACAUAUUCGGGGAUUCGCUUUCGAUGGUUUAAUCAUAUUCGACCCCAAUUGAUUAAAGAAAAUAUAUCGCUUGAACAUUUCUAUAAAAUAGCGAAUGAUAUUCGGGAAAAUGGCCCUACUUCAUACUUGGAAAAGUUGAAAGCAUUGCAAUUUGAGGAUAAGGACUUGUUAGGAUCGGAAAGUGUAAACUCUCCGAUCAAAAUUCAGAAAGAAACAAUUAGAUCAAGUAGAUAUUGGACUGCCGAGGAAGAUAAAGUAUUAAUAGAAGCAAUGAAAAAGCAUGGGAGAAAGUGGAAGCUGAUUUCAAACGAGUAUAUUCCCAGUAGAACGCCCGUGGCUGUUCGUUCCCGAUGGUUUAAUCGCAUUCGACCGCUGCUGAUCUAUGAGUAUUUAUCGCUUAAACAAGGAAACGCUGGGGAAAGACCCACCUCUACGUACUUGCGGAAAUGGAAAUCUCUUAGUUCUAGACAUGCUGUCAUGCUGAAUGAAAAAAAAGAAACCAAGAAUGUUUCUUCUAAAGUUAGAACGGGCGCGACUAGAUUUAAGAGUGGAUACUGGACUGUGGAGGAAGACAAAAUCUUAGUUGAAGCAAUACGAAAACAUGGUCGGAAGUGGAGGCUGAUUUCUGACGAAUAUUUUCCCUAUAGAACACAUUUGGCUGUCCGUUUUCGAUGGCUUAAUCGCAUUCAGCCUCUAUUAAAAAAUGAGAACUUGUCGCUCGAACUAUUCAAUGAUGUGAUAGACAGUAUUAUUCAAAAUGGUGUCGAUAAUUUGGAAAAAAUAUCAAAAGACGUUCCCGCAGUAUCACUUGAUGCAAUAAGAAGCAUAUGUGGCAGAAGAAAUGAAAAGACUCGUCACAAACCUCGUCAAUGGACCAAAGAAGAAGACGAUUUUAUAAGAGAGCAAGUGAUGUUGCAUGGUUACAAAUGGACUCUUAUCGCCAGCAAGUUAACUAAUGUUGAAACAUAUCAAGUAAGGCAUCGAUACUUUUCUAAUUCUACUCGACGCAAAUGGACGUUAGAAGAAGACAAGAUUCUGCUCCGUCGUAUUGCUAAAUACGGAAUGAAUUGGCAACUUGUUGUUGCUGGACUGACUGAAAGAACUGAUAUAGACUGUCUCUUUAGAUGGUUAACCUUGUCGUAUAAUUCAUCAUCUAAGAACGAUUUUCAGUGGAGCGCAAGGGAACAAAAGGUGCUAUGGACAAGAGUCGCCGAUCACGGAGAUGAUUGGAAUGAAGUAGCAAAAGGAAUGCCACGUAGAUCAGCAUACGAUUGCAAGAGAUAUUGUAUGAGAUUUUAUAACAGCUUGAACGAUGCCAAGUUUGCGAAACUUAAUGCUUCCGAAUCGAUGUCCAAAAACUUGCGGGAAUUAGGAAGGUUUAUGAUGACUGAUCGUGUGAUUGGAUACAAUUCCCACUUGGGAGGAAAGACUUAUUACAACAAGCGGUCUUACUGGUCACAGGAGGAGCUAAACACGCUACGUACCAUGGCAGAGACUUAUAGGGGGAAAAUCAUAAAUUGGGAUAAAAUAUCCGCUGCCUUCAAGGAAAGAAGUCCAUCUCAAUGCCACGCGCAAUGGGAUCGUAUCCGCUUCACGCAGCCUUCUUGGACUGUUGCUGAAGACGAGAUACUGAAAAAUUUACUGUCUGGUAAUCCGUCUGUAGAUUGGACAAUUGUUGCCCAACAUCUGCCAGGCCGUACUGUAUUUCAGUGUAAAAAUCGCUGGCAUGAAGUGCUUAAUCCUAUCAGCAAAAGUAAACCAUUUUCGCAAUACGAACUUACUCUUUUGCGAAAAGCUGUUGAAGUCACGGAACGUUGCCCUAAUGGUGGUAUUAAUUGGUCUCUAAUAGUACAGAGGUAUUUUCCUACACGAGGUCGUAAGCAGUUAUCUGAUAGAUGGUACCGUUUGACGCGUGAAACGUUCUCGGAGAGGACGCUUGGUCGUUGGACGCAAGAAGAGAACGAGUUGUUGAUAAAGGGCGUCGAAAAAUAUAAGGGUUCUCCUGGAAUGUGGCAAAAGAUAGCUUAUACUAUUGGCAGCAGGACUAGAUUCCAGUGUAGGCAUCGAUGGACGUUUUCACUUGACCCUCAGUUGAAGAAGGGGUCGUGGAAUAUGGAUGAGGUGAAGCUGUUACUCGAGGGGAUUGAAAAACAUGGGACAAAAUGGGCAACCGUUGCCAAGACUAUUCCCGGGAGGAGUGAUAGGGCAUGCGUGCAGAAGUUUUAUGAGCUGAAGGAUUGUCAUGUAAAGCGUAAGAAAAGACGUAGCCCAGGCGAUUGGAUGCUAACUUUGAAGCUUGAAAACAUUUUACGGCGAUUCGAUAGAAAUAAAAGUUGA